AUAAGUGACAUGGCUUCAAAAUCUCAUUCAAAUGAUGAGAUGGACAUUAGAAGCCUGUCAUCCUCUCGCUGCCAUGUACACAACACACAGUAUCUCCACAAGGUGGGAGUUCCCCCUAAGCGAAAUCUCUUCAGGGAAUUCACUGCCACUGUGAAAGAAACAUUCUUUGCUGAUGAUCCUCUGCGUCCCUUCAGGGAUCAACCAAGUUCUCAAAAGCUUAUCCUAGGUGCCCAGGCCAUCUUCCCGAUUCUUGAAUGGGGAAGGAGUUACAGUUGGAGAAAAUUUAGAGGUGAUAUCAUUGCUGGACUGACUAUAGCGAGUCUCUGCAUUCCUCAGGACAUUGGUUAUGCAAAACUAGCAAACUUGGAUCCACAGUAUGGACUUUACUCUAGCUUUAUUCCACCAUUAGUUUAUGCCUUCAUGGGAAGUUCAAGAGAUAUCGCCAUUGGACCAGUUGCUGUGGUAUCUCUUUUACUAGGGACUAUGCUUUCAAGUGAGAUUGACCCUUCCAAAAAUGCAGUUGAGUAUCGGAGGCUUGCAUUUACGGCUACCUUUUUUGCUGGGAUCACUCAAGCAACCCUUGGUUUUCUCAGGUUGGGUUUCUUGAUUGACUUCUUGUCUCAUGCUGCCAUCGUCGGUUUUAUGGGUGGAGCUGCUGUUACAAUUGCCCUCCAACAGCUUAAGGGUCUUCUUGGUAUAAAAGAAUUUACGAAGAAACCAGAUAUUGUUUCUGUAAUGCACUCUGUAUGGGGCAACGUUCAUCAUGGAUGGAACUGGCAAACUAUACUCAUUGGAGUUAUCUUUUUGUCCUUCCUUCUGUUUGCGAAGUACAUUGGAAAAAGGAACAGGAAAUUUUUCUGGGUGCCCUCGAUAGCUCCAUUGAUAUCCGUUGUUCUCUCCACCUUUUUCGUUUACGUAACACAUGCAGAAAAAAAAGGAGUUCAGAUUGUGAGGAAUAUUGAGAAAGGAAUCAAUCCCUCAUCUGUGAAUCAAAUUUAUUUCAGUGGUGAAUAUCUUCUUAAAGGUUUGAAGAUUGGUGCUGUGGCUGGUAUGAUAGCAUUGAUGGAAGCUGUAGCAAUUGGAAGAACUUUUGCUUCGAUGAAAGACUAUCAAAUAGAUGGAAACAAAGAAAUGGUGGCCCUAGGAGUCAUGAAUGUUGUUGGUUCAAUGACUUCUUGCUAUGUGGCCACAGGUUCAUUUUCUCGAUCAGCAGUAAAUUUUAUGGCUGGCUGUGAAACUGCUGUCUCUAAUAUCAUUAUGUCCUGUGUUGUAUUUCUAACCUUAGAAUUCAUAACACCUCUUUUCAAGUACACCCCAAAUGCCGUUCUUGCUGCCAUCAUUAUAUCUGCUGUGGUUGGGCUCUUCGAUGUUCAGGCAGCAAUUUUGAUAUGGAAGAUUGAUAAAUUGGAUUUUGUUGCAUGCCUGGGAGCCUUUCUUGGAGUGGUCUUUGCAUCAGUUGAGAUAGGCCUCCUAGUUGCUGUCACAAUAUCCUUUGCUAAAAUCCUCUUACAAGUUACUAGGCCUCGAACUGCUAUUCUUGGGAAGCUCCCUAGGAGUUCUGUGUACAGAAAUAUCCAACAAUAUCCAGAAGCAGCUAAAGUUCCAGGGAUUCUGAUCGUGAUGGUUGAUUCUGCUAUUUACUUUUCCAACUCUAAUUAUGUCAAGGAGAGGAUAUUGAGAUGGUUGAUGGAUGAAGAAGAGCGAGUAAAAGCUGCAUGCCAGCCAACAAUCCAGUCUUUGAUAGUUGAGAUGUCACCUGUAACUGACAUUGAUACCAGUGGCAUCCAUGCCUUGGAAGAAUUACACAGGAGUCUUCAGAAAAAAGGUGUUCAGUUUAUUCUGGCGAAUCCUGGACCGGUGGUGAUUGAGAAGCUUUACGCAUCAAAUUUUGAAAAUUUAAUCGGUGAAGACAAGAUCUUCCUGACUGUCGCAGAUGCAGUGUCAUCAUGUGCUCCAAAACAACUGGUGGAAGAAGUAUGAACAAUGAAAAAUGUGGUCGUUGUAUGACAGAAAUGAGAGCAAAAAUGCACAUGUCCAGUGUGGGAAGAGAGGGAGGGAAGGAGGCGGGGAUGGAUCUCAGAUGCAGCUUAGCCUAGU